UUUUGCUGAUUCACUUUGAACUUCUGUGGGUGGACAUUUUCACUUUCAUCAUUCAGUGACUUUCUUGGAAACUAGUUUCUGCUGGGAAGAGAUGACCUGUUUAGGGACUUUUACUUGUUGUUGCUGAUGUCUUACAUGGAAUAUUGUACUAAGGAAUGUCUCUUAAACUCAGGUGAUGCAAACUUCUUGUAAUUAUUAAUACUUUUUUUUAAGUUCACAGCUCAGUGAAACUGCUUCUCUGAACAAUUUGACCUCGUACCAAACUUUUGUUUGACAGACUGAACUACAGUAUGUUUACAGUAAACAGAUGACUCAUACUUGACUGCUGUUGAGAUUUUUCUGAGCUGCAGUUCUGUACUAGUUUGGGUUCUGCUCUGUCUAACUGCACUCCCUUAUGACAGCAUACCCUCACCCAGACCACAAGUGACCUACUUCAAUACUGUUCAAACAUGCUGAGCGCAGCUUUACGCUCAGCUCUGGUUUCGAACUUUGGGAAAACCAAACACAUUCCUCUUUUGGCACUGUAAUCUCUCUGAAGUUACCUCUGAAAUAGGUUCUGCUCCUUAUGGUUUCUAGAUUGGGUGCAACUUUUCACAUUUUCAUAUAUUGUUUAAUGAUACAUUUUCAGAGACUUGUUUCUUUUACAUAGUCACUCAAAAAAAAGAAAUGGGGUUUGAUUUUGAAAGUCAUGCAUCAUCAUGAACAUUUCUUAUUACUUCAAACUACGUCUAAGAACACUGCUACUGCCACUAUCCAUUGAAUCUAGAUCAUUAUGCAAAAACAUGACAGGUAUGAAUCCCAAAUUCCCAAGGAGAGGGUCAUUCCUUUAUUUCAGUGAAUUGAGAUCAUUCCCCAGAGUCUGCAUUUGCCCAAUGGUUCAUGUUGAAACUACACUUGAACAGCAAUAGAUACUCUGUUUUUAAGAUGUAAUGGUGGGUGGUAAUGUAAUGUAAUGUAAUGGUCUUUCUGCUCUGAUCCUCCUCUGGAGGUUGUAAUGGAGAAAAAGAGGAGGCAAUGUGUCAGAGCUGGCAGGGCAGAACAGCACUGUGUGUGUCAGCAUUUCUUAGUGUGUGUAUGUGGAGCCACAGCUGUUUGUUGAUAAGCCUUUUGUUAGGGUGACCAUACGUCCUCUUUUAAUCUGACAUUUCCCCUUUUUUGGAGGCUGUCCGGCUUUGUCCAAGAAAGUUUAUAAAAUCCUUCAAAUGUCUGCGGUUUUGUAGGUAAGUUUCGAUUUUGUGUCACGUGGACUUACUGAGUUAGAAGCAUGUAAAAGACACUUGAUAUGACCCAAAAGACUCAAAAUUAACUUUGUGUGACUCCGUGACAUGUACUUUUUUGGGGAAGUCAGAAUAUGGUCACCCUACUUUUGUGCUCCUCCAAAGACAUAAAACAAUGUGUCUUGACCAUAGACUGUAUAUACUAUGGACAACUUGGUUCCGUCUACUGCCUGUAUACGUAUUUGAAGGCAAAAAGCUCUCUGUAUUUCCGGGUUUUUUCUUCAUUUCCUGAAACCAGCGCUGUGCAGUAGCGAUGCGCGCAUUCGGCCGCACAGUUGCCAAGAGUCACUGUGAUGACGCUCGGCUCAAACAGCGUAUCCCCGGGUGAGCGACGCAAUCCCUGAACGCCCAUAGGCUGUAUCAGGUGUCAAUCAUAGAAAACAUGAACCCCCUAAUAACUUUUAAAAACAGAGCUUCACAGAAAAAAGAGGACUUGGGCACAAACCAGUCUUACAAUAACUACAUGUCAACACCGCAAGAGGGGAGAAAAAUGUAUGUCCUGUGUAAUAAAUUUCUAAAGUUUGUCCAAAGUCCCAUAAGCUUUGCAGGUGGAGGCGGGAUUUAUGACCUAUACUGCAGCCCAUCAACAGAGGGUGCUGUUCUCAGAGUGGCUUCACCCAGCGAGGAGGCAGACGCUGUCCAUUCUAUCUACAGUCAAUGGUCAUGACUUACUGGCACAACAAUAUUACAGCUUUCUGCAGUGUGCAAGUACAAAGGCAUAAUGAUGGUGGAGCUCUGUUCCCGCACUGUCGUGGAAUUGCAGUGUUAUGAGGCUUUAAUGAGAGGGUUUUUAGUUCAAAGCUGGUGCUGGCUGACUAGAUUGACAUUAAAGUACCUUACUUUUUCAACUCUAAAGCAUCCCCUGAAAGAGUGGUACCUGAUUUGCUCACAUGAUAAAGGGUACACCUCGUUCAUCACAAUGUACUAUCUUGGUUUAGUAAACAUGUUUUCAUGUAAUUUUCCACGAUGGCAAGAGUUAUCAGUGUUUUGUAGAGGAAGACGCUGAACAUGUCACAAUUGCGCAAGUAGGUUGUGCUCAGGACUCUGAAAAUGCAGCAGCAAAUCACAGUUGGCAGAUGCAUCUGUAGCACACAAAGUUAGGUCUCACACUACAGUCUCUCUAGGACUUGCUCAUGUAGUUCAGUUCAGUUCACUUCAACUGCUCUUCAAAGUAAAACCUCCCCCCCAUGCUGUGAAGGUUUUCACUCACUGUGCGUGGACUUGGUGACAUAACGGGAUGAUUUUUUUCAUUGUGCCUCUGUGAUUCAGCCUUUGAGCCAAAAAAAGCAUCAUUGAAAAUAUACACCCACUGUACCCACACAGCGAAAACUAUGACUAUUACUGUUCAUCCAAGAAACUUGCACAGUGUAGAGCAAUGAAAAACUGCCAGUGCUAUGAAAUAUAUGAAUAGAAUUAAAUGCACAGCGAAGACCAUCUUCCCCUUUUGGUCAUCUUGAAACACAAGCCACAAACACAGAGGAGUUUACUGCAGUCAGUAAGAUACAACAUACAAACAAACUUUCCAGUCUUAUUCUGUUCUGUGUGAAGAGCUGCCAACAGAUUUUGUCAAAUUUUCACCUAUGUUUGGAUUCUCUGUUUCUGAAGCAAAUGAGGGUAUGAAUAUCUGAGAACCAUUCAUUCAAGACAUUACAGUGCCAUUUAACAAAAAUCAGAGUUCUGCAGCAGAUCCAAAAGACUUCAACUAUGAAUGAACCCCUUUUGUUUUAUUACGCUAAAAGAUUAUAUAAGUAACAAGGAACAUAGGCUGUUUAAUGUGUUUAUCUAAGCACAUGGUUCCCACCCCAAGCUAUAUGGCCAAUGCACUUUAUGUGGAGGUGUAAAUAUAAGUCAAACAACUGUAGUAUUAUUGAGCCUUUAGAGCCAAGAUCAUAUUUCUAGAUCAAUAUUGUGCUCUGUACAGUCAAACAUGUGUUUUUUGUCAUGAAAAUAUAAUCAUAUGUGAACUUUUCUUGGACAUAAGUUUGGAAUUGUUUCUACAAAGUUUCCCAAACUAAAUGAAGCACGAAUCAAGAGCAAACAAGUCAUCAAGGCUUGAGUGUGAGUGGGUCUGUGCAUGAGUUUGUUUGUGUAGGUGUUUGUGUGUUUGAAUGUGUGUGGGUUGCUGGGUGAUAUAACAUGCCCAAUCAAAAAUUUUGAUGUAAUGACAGGAGAAACAAUCCUUAUCAAAACAGACUUGUUAAGACUGUAUGUCACUGAAACACAGUAGACUUCACUGCCUGGUACAUAUUAAGCUACAGAGGACACACUAAAGCUGAUACGGUUAUAGCAACUGUACAGUUAUUUUAAGAGCGUAAAAUCAGAGAUCUAUGUCCCAGCAGCAGCGAUUGCAGCUGUGAAUUACUUUCUUGAUAAAUGGUCCACCCCAGGAACUGGAGGUCCAAUGGUCACAAUGGUAAAACUCUUGUGACUAGAGCAAAAGCCUCAAAACAUGGGGUGCACAUGAGUCGUCCUGUGGCUUACUUGAUACAAUCUCAGUGGAUGUGUUAAAGUAAAUGUAGGGCACUGAUAGGGAUUCCUGGGUUUUUGCUGUGAGCCCCAAGUGGACACUCAAGCAACUGCAGCUCUCUGCAGCACUGCAGACAUUUGCUUUGUUAUUGAACAUCAGAUGUCAUCAUCCAGACAGAUAUCUCAGAGGCUGCAUGUAAAAAUGUCAACACAGCAAUAAUUGAAACCUUAACAAUGGUCUAGGAUGUUAUUCCACAGAUACUUGGCAUAUUUAUCAGGGAUUAACAUAAAAUGCUGAUUUGAAAAUGGUUCAGUAGAUGUGAAAUAUUUUUUUCUUUGUUAAAAGUAGUCCACUGUAAAGCCAUCAGCGUGAGACGAAGUGUACAUAUACUGAAAACUCACUGUGGCAAUAAAUUCAGGUUUUCUGUCCCCUUACUUUCUUUUUUCUCCUCUAUCAAAGCCCAUGUGUGGAGAUUUUGGUUUGUGUUGAUUUUAAACAAAGCAAUAUGUGUAUGUCUUUGCUGAUUUUGUCCUGUGCUGGUGUAGGUUGAGUGUUAAACAAGAAAAAUCUGUUUUUUGUUUGUUUUAAGGAGACAUUGUUAUUCUUUUCAGUCUAUUUCACAACUCUAUAAAAGAAAGACCUCAAGGUGGUUUUAACCUGUCUUUGAAAUCAACAUGUGAUUUCAGUUUAAUUCCUUAUAGUUGUUUCUUUCUAACUUUAGUUGAUUUCUAUGUCCUCCAGCAUGCUGUCUUCUUUCUUUUUUGGUAUACAGUUAUAUUUUAUUCAUUCAAUCUGCUCUAUGUAUCAAGGCAUUUGCUUUUAAAUACACAAUUUUGGUUUGACAACGCUGAAAUUUGAUCAAAAAACAAAAGGCGUUACAUGAUAAAGGUCUCAGAAAGCGGGAGGACUAAAUACCUGCAUGGUCUUCUUUUGCAGCUCAUUUAUGGGGAACUAUGGGUGAAGGGAAACCAGCUGCAGACAUCUAGACAGCGAAUUAUUCAGACUGUGCACUUAAAUGAUAUCACAGUUCUCCGAGCCUUCAUCAUUAGGCUCCACACAUGCUUGAUCUCCAGGCAAGCUCCUCCUGGGAGGCCUCAACCUGCCUUCUGCUCCUCAUGUUUCCAUGACAACAGACAACGAGCUGGCAGCACAGAGUCAGUGUCUCUUAGCAACAGAUUGGCUCUGAAUCACAGUUUGACCAAUCAGAGGCUAGAAGCCUGUAGAGGAAUUCCUGUUGCUUCUUUCUUAUGUGUAGGAGGAAAAAGGGGGCGGAGCUAUAUACUGUGAGAUAAACAAAGCAUCAUGCAGUAUAGGGUUUUCUAUAAGAGGCUGGUCAUACUGCAGCUCGUAUGGUUCGUUGUCAGGCAGUAUUUACUAUCUAUAACACCCAAACUCACAUAAAUUUCAGUUAGGUUUAAAAAAAUCUUAAAAAAUGUGUUACUGUAUCUUUAUAGCAAUUAAUUUGAAGCAUAAUUUUCAACAAGGAUACAAAAUCAGAGGUAAAUAUUUUUCUUUUUAACCAGACCCAAAAAUUAAAGCUAUCCUCAUUAAUGAAGAAUCAGAACGUUCUACUUUUGUACAGUGAAAUGAUCUCAACUUUCAAUUCAAUGAACCUUUGAUAAAGCUUUCAAGAAUACCAUCACAACAAGCUACUGUGUGUCUAAAAUCUAAAAUCUAAACAGUGACCUUAAAUUUUAACCUAUUUGGUUUUUAAUAAUUAAACAAAAAUACCAAUCUGACAUUUCUAUAUGAAGGGGAAUAAUAUGUGGUUAACAAAUAUUUAUGACAGAUUUUUGGCCAUAGUGCGACAUUUAAAAGUAAAAACGAAUGAAUGUGUUACGAUUUAGGAGCUGAAAUGAAUGACUCAAAAUUUGAAUCAAGAGGGUGAAAAAUAAAGAAUAAACUUCUACUUUGGGGGUCAAACUUUGAAUCUUGAUUUGUCCUAGAAGAAUUUCUUAGCACUCAAAAAAAUGAUCUACAGCUUACUUUUUUAGGGUGAGUGCUUGCACAAACAAACUUAACAUACUUCUGCUAGUCUUUCUUGGCUUGCUUGGCCUUCACAUCAGGUUAUUAUGAGUAAAGUAACUGAUUAUUUGCCUUUUUGGUCGUGAUUGUCAUACCCCAGACACAAAGCAAACUUUCAAUAAAGGGAAUCUGUUCAUGUUCAGUUUGCAUCGAUCUUAAAGUAUGCAGUGAAUGAUGGAAACAAAAAGAGAGGCAGAAGAAAGGUAGAAAGAUUCUCCUGCAGAGGUUUUGCACACAGCCCGGGGUAUCAUUACUCACUGUGUCCUUUAACCCAGAUGCCAGAGGAGCUUCUGACUGACUGUUUUCCACAAGUUCAGCUGAGCUGACAAAGCAUUCUGGGUAAUUGUGUAACAUCAUUAUUUGCUUUUGCUGUGGCAUUUCAACACAAAAUUCUGAAAAUGUAUGAGAGGAAUAUCAUAGUAUUCAAGCACACAUGCUUACAUUUAAGCCAUUUUGCCUCUGUGGUUCAUUUAAACAAAAUUUACUUUGAUUAAAAGUACAUUGCAAGGGUGCUUUAUGUCUUUCAGGUAAAGCUACUUUUCUGCUGAAAGGCGCAGAUUUGUUUGCUGUGUUGAACAAACCGGUAAAGAUAAAAUUUGUAUUUUUGAUGUUUUGGCAACAUUAAUGCAGGUGGAUUUGUUGAAUAAUAAUACCCUUUUUGCAAUGAAGAUUUGGGGAUCUGUGGCUCUGAAUAUCUGUUUUUUUUUUUCAGAAGAUACCAAAAUUAUUUGACAAAAAAUAAGAAUAAUAAAAAAAGAAAUAAGCCAAUGUAAGUAUUCCCAUCUUAAAACCGUUAAAGCAAAAAAAAUGUUUUCCGAGCAUGUUCUCACAUGUCAGUUUUCUCUCUCUCUUGUUUUUUUUUUUUUUUUUAAUUUAAUGAAACUUAAAGUGUGUGGCUGAAAAAACAAAGCUGUUAAAUGAAUGUCAUCAGACUCAACAUUUUAAAUUAUUAUAAAUAUUACCUGUGACUACCUUUAAUAAAUUUUGUUUAUUAUGGUCAAACCUGUUGCGGCACUCCGUGUCCUAUUAAUUUGUUUUAAGCGUAUCUAAUACCUGUUAGAGCAACAUUCUUGUCUAUAUAACCCGGCCUGUGGCUGCCUGUCAGAGUUCAGGGACUGUCAGUGAAAUACAGCCUCUGGGUGGUAUAUUUAACCCUGCUGGGGUAACUCCCCCCAUUUUGAGUCCGCCUCAGGAGUGCCUGAGAUGGGGGAGUUGGCUGAACAGGGGAGGUGUGCAUGCGGAGGCCCAGAUAAGGCCUGCGUAACCUUUCCUCCAGAUUCCCUAACUAAGUUGAAGAGGCCUGCCCCACUUAUAUCACAAACAGGCUGCUGUACUUCUGCCUGUCAUGCCUGCGUUCGACUCGUUGUCCCCGUGACUCCUCCCUCUUCCUCGCUAGCUGCAGGAGCUGAAGCUGCACCGCCACAGCUCCAUGCCCUCAUUGCUCUCUGAGGUCAUGCUUAUGUGACUUACUCCAAGUGAGGCACGGCCUACGGGUGAAGCGAGGCGCUACAAGGGCUGGGCCAACGCACCUGCUGAACUCCCUUCUGUUGCAGGUGUGCCACCUCCACAUGCCAGUUUACCUAUUUGGCAAAAAGGGAAUGCAUCAGACAUGUGUAUAGAGGCGCUUUUCAUGAAAACAAGAGGUGCAAAAUAAGAUUAGCUGGACCACGUGCUCAUAAACAUAAAACCAGGCCUACUAUUUUUUUUUUACCAAAGCAUGUUUGGUUGCAUUACUGAAAACUUUAAACCUGAGCCCUUUCAUAUUGUUCUUCCAGAAGUUUGUUGGGACAUCUGACUCAACUUUUCUUUGUCCAGAUACAGUUGGUGAUGUAACAACAUAUGUAGGUCAAAACUAGUUUGAAUCCUCUGACACUUCCCCACUUUACUUGAAGGCAUGAUUUCAUAGUAAUUGUCAGAUGAUAUGCUAUAGAAAAACCGGCUGGCAUACAUUAACAUUUAUGGAGAAUAUUUGUAACUAGGGUAAAAAAAAAAGUGGAACAAAGUUUUCUCUGCACAGAGGACAAUAGUUUAUCAGUGCAAGCCAACUGUACAUUUAAAUGCUUCUGGGAACAAUCUUUAUUUCGACGUCUUAGAUAUUUAUAAAUCAAAAAUGUCACACAGUGCUUUCUAUAUGUGCCUCCCUCAUAUAUAAAAGAGGCACUACAGCCGACUCAACCCAAGAAUUCCUUAUGGCGGUUACACCCACAGAAAAACAAGUGUCAUGACCAGAGAGGAGAACACCAGGAACAUUGUUGUCUGAUUCACAUAUCAUUAACCGAGGAUCAUAAGUGUCUCUUUUGACUCUGUGGCCUAAUUUACAGUGAAACCACAUAUAUAUCAAAAUUAAUAAAUGGCCGUUUAUCAUGGUGGUAUCAUGGCUAAGAGCUCAAAUUAUCAAAUGAGGAAAACAAAUCAUUUUAAUUGCUUCGUUGCUUGGUGGUGUUGCAUCACCAUAGAGAGGUUACUAUCAAACACUUUAUGCUUUUUUCCAUAAUAAAACUGCAAAAACAUCCCCAAAAAAACAGAACAGCUACCCAUUCCUCAUCUGGCCCUCAUGCUGCAUUUAAGUAUUGUGGGAAAUAAAGAUGUUCACAUGACUUUCUCUAAGGCCCCAUAUCUCAUUUUCAAGUAAAAAACAAACAAACAAAGAAAAAAAACAUACAGGGUUGCUUUGAACGAGUAUCUAAACAAUAUGAAUUCAUUGGGAAUGGUCCUGUAUUAAUGACUGCCUUCAGGCCGAGUUUAUGUCAUGUGAUCACUGACCCUUCUCUUUUUAAGAGAGAACUUUUGCAUUUUCGUAAAAUACCCAUUUCAACAUUAAAACCAAUUAGGAUCAAUUAGGCCAAAAGUUUACAACCUUGUUGACUUGAAAACAUCUUGACAAUCGUGUAUAGCAUUUAAACUAUGCCGAUAAAGAAAAUAUUAGUAUACGAAUACAACCCCAUACAAACUUUUACUAGUUCACAAAGUGAGCAGCUUUCAUUGCAGUCUUUUGCAUUUCGUGUUCAGAUACUUUAAAUUAUGUCCAGUUUGAUCUCAGAACGGCACUUUAGUCAGAUUAAAUUGUUAAUCAGACAUUUUGUUGUCCUUGCACUCAUCCUUGAACUCAUUUUUAUUCCUUGGCCUUUAGUUCAGCAUGAGAGUUGUGUGAUCUCUGUCCUUUUAUGUCUUUGACAGUCCUUUAAUCACCUUUAUUUCUUUUAUGCUUUUGUGUUUUUAUUUUAUUUCAUUUUAUAUGUUUUUUUACCUUUUUUUAUUUAUUUCAUUUUGAUGUUUUCAGCAUCGUCUGUUCUUUUAAUUUUAUUUUGCAGCACUUUGGUAGCCUUGAAUGUUUUUUAAAAUGUGCUAUAUAAAUAAAGCAGAUUGGAUUGGAUUGCAAGCCCAAACAUAACAAAAGAAUCAGACGCAUGCUGAGCCCCAACACAAACAUAGACUAUUGAAUUCCAAUGACGCACUGCUGUAUAUUCCUGAGUUUGAAUAUGUUAAUAUGAUAUCAUUACAGAUUAAUCAUAUAUUUAAGGUGUUAUACACUUAAAGAUGUGUUUAGCAAUGGCAUUUAUCUCCCUGUAGCAAGACAUUAGAUAGAUUGUGCAGAAUAUCCCCAUUUCUAUGUAAACUGUACCUUUAAUAACAAUACAAUAAGCCAUAUUUUGGUUUUUUGGUUGUCAUAUGACUGGCAUUUACUUAUUUACUUUUUCAUGGCUUUGUUGGGAUAAGCAGACUCAGUGUCUUUGUUGUCCUGUUGCUACUGAUUGAAUUUGCAUUUCUUGCAACACAAAGCACCACUACAAUACAACAUGUGAGUAGCCUAAGUACUUCCAUAGAAUCAUUUCCUCCCUAAGUAACUUAUAAACUAUUUCAUUAAAUAUUCAGUUCAUUUUUAUGGAUUUGUUCCCACAUCCACUGAACGCAGCAUAGACUGGGCCGACCUUUCGCCUAGUUUAGUGGAUGGCAGUUCAUCGGGUUUACCCUGACACUGCUGACUCUCACGACCACGCCCACCAACGGCCACGCACCCUAUUUCCUCCAACCGUCCAGCGGGCAUGCACUGUUCACGCGCUCCCUCCCUCCCCAUUGGCCGAGGUUCCGCACACACUCAUUUGUGAUUGGUCGAGUGUUGCCACCCGCCGGUGCGUGUUGUGAGUUUUGUUUUUCUUUUUUUUUCUCCUCCCCAUGUUUUACACACACAGCUGAGAGAAAAGGGAGCCAGUCAGAGAAAAAACGACCUCAACCCUACCCCAGUACAGGCAGCAGCACUGGCAACCGCCGUCUCUUUGUUCUGUACUGCCUUUGACAAUAAAAAGUCAUAUUUAGAUAUUUUAUUCUUCAAUGCCAUCAAGGAAAUUUACAGACAUGGACUCAAACGGGGUAAGAGACAUUUUAAACUUCUAUUUAAGCUGAGGACGAUAUUUUAUUCACAGUAACCCAGUUGGAUUCUGUUGUUUACAAUGGGAUUUUAUCUACCAUUUUAUCUCAGGACUCUAGCUACCAUACCUGCUAAAUUAAACAUUUAUUUACGAGUAAUAUAAAAUUAUUUCCUGUCGCUUUUUUACCCCAGAAUGCCUAAAUUAACCGCGAUGAACCUUAAUAUAAUAAGUGCUUUAUUGUAACGCACUUAUUCAGUCACUUCACUCAGUCGCUAUUGAAUGUAUUAUUUAACCAAUGUGGCUUUUGUAACUUGAUGAAAUAUUUAAUUUAAACAGUAACCGAAGCCAGUCAGUGUCCAGUAUCUGUUUCAAGUGCUUUGCUUUGUGUUGACAAUAGGUAACUUGCUUUGUUCACUGUAAAAAUGUAUUAUUAAGUUGUAACGCACCAUGCCUACUUCCUGAUGCAAACCCGCUUUAUGGGGAUUUCACAUGGCUCAUCUCGGGCUGCACGUCACUGUUUGGUCUAUAUUUGGCAAUGGGAGGUGUCCUGGCGCCCAGCCAAAGGCAGUGCAUGCUGGGCCGGGGUGUAGUCACCAACACCCCCUCUCCCCUAUUGGCAGCAUCAUGCAGUUCAGCCCGGGAACUGUGACAGAGCAGAUGAUAACUGGAAAUAGAUUAUUUUUCUCCUGCUCUGGCGCACUGAAUAGAAACCUGCCCCUGUUUGCUGUAUGACAUGAUCAGAUAUGAGUCAAAGCUGAAUAAAUACAGCUCAUAACACAAGAGACCUAAGCACGUCCAUUUCACUUCCUGUGACUGAUGAUCAUUUAUUUUUCCUUUCAGACAGAGUACAUGGAGCACUAUGGGUCCUAUGCAAAGAGAAAGAGGCAUGACAAUGAUCAGACAGUCUGUAAUAUAACCUCUGGUCUGGAGUACACAGACCUGGAGGCUGCUGAGGCGCUGGUGUGUAUGAGUUCUUGGGGUCAGGGUCACUUUAUCAACAGCAACAGGCCGAACCCUUGCAAACCCCGGCCCCUCACCCCAGCCUCAGAUUCCUGCGACUCCCUCUUGCCGCCAGAACUUCCAGAGCCUCCAAAGGACUUUGUGUCCCUCUCGUCUCUGGUAAGUGAUAUCACGGUUCUGAAUGGGUGAGAGUAUUGGGUAAUAUGUAUGUCAGUCCUGCAGGGUGGACCUAACUUUUUGAUAAUAUUUGGAGCUAGAGGAGCCAUGAAACCUCAGAGAUAGCUGUUGUUUGGUCAGCAAGCAUAUGCCUAAAGGUUCUAGGUUUGCUAACCCUUUUGAUGUGAAAGAUAACAAAAGGGGGCCAUGGUUAAUGACAUGUGAGUAGGGCAGGUGAGAGGUGCUGCAGCAAGAAAGGCCUUGAAACAGCAAGAGGGUGUGACCUCUUCCAUGCAGAGUCAUAAAAAUCCCAGUUUAUUACUCAGUCAUCAUUAUUCCUGUGUGUGUCUGCCUGCCACCUGUGAUGUUAAUCUCAGGAGACACUACACCCUGUAAAAAUAGAGAAACAGUGCUUUAACUCUCUUCUUAUCUUUCUUUUUUUUUUUUUUUACAGUGUAUGACCCCCCCUCACAGCCCCAGCUUUGUUGAGAAUUCAAUAUCCAGCUCGGUCCCGGCUGGGGCCUCGCAUCACUGUGUGUCUGGGCUCCAUCAACCUGUCCUGGCACCCAUUGCUGAAAAGACUUCCACUCUCCCCUCUCCACCCCAACCAUGCAGAGCCAUGGCGACCAGCGUCAUCCGCCACACAGCAGACAGCACCCCCUGCCAACCCCACAUUCCAGUGGCCCCCAACUCAGAGAAAACAAGAGACACAGUAACGGCUGUGACGCUCUGCCAACAGCGACUACAGCAGCAGCAGCAGCAGCGCAUCACAAAGACUGAGAUCAACACACCUCUAUCCCCUGCUGCUCCUCUCACACCUGCCUUAACAUCAGAGCAGCCAACCAGCCCCUCAAAAUGCUCUUCAGACAGUGUCCCCACCCCCACUCCUCCUGUCAAUCCUCAACCACAGAUCAGCCAGUACACUCCACCCACAACCCUGACCCCACCAUCAGUCACCAACCCUCAGAUCAUCUGCCAAAUGUUCCCAGUCAGCAGCCAAUCAGGUAUUAUCUCAGCAUUCAUCCCUGGUGCAGUUCAGACCUCCAGUACAGGGAUUCGAACCACCACCACGCCCAUCCUCCCACAACCCGCCUCAGCAAACGCCUCCCCUGUUCAACAGUCCCUCAUUGUGGGCUCAGCAGUCCCACAGGGUACCGUGAUGCUGGUUCUCCCUCAAUCCUCUGUCUCUCAGGCCCCUCACUGCCCACAGACUGUCAUGACACUAGGCAACACCAAGCUGCUACCUCUGGCCCCGGCCCCUGUGUACAUGCCAGCAGGGCCCAGCGGCAGUACCACAACCACAAAGAUGGACUUUUCUCGCAGGAGGAACUAUGUGUGCAACUUCCCCGGCUGCAGAAAGACUUACUUCAAGAGCUCCCACCUCAAGGCUCACUUAAGAACGCAUACAGGUGAGGGUUUAUUAGUGACACUCGUGAGAAUGUCGUAAAAGGUUUAGACCACUGAUGAGUGUUGUUUCCUGUUUGUGAAGCAUUCCUUUCUCUGCCUUGUUAAUCACAAUGGGAGAAGAGUGAGCUCAUUGUUAUAUCUGAGACACAACAAGCUGUCGUGUUAGGAUUUUAUGACUGUAGUGUGACUCACGCGCUGACUCUCCUGUUUUUCUCUUUCCUUCAGGUGAGAAGCCCUUCAGCUGCAGUUGGGAUGGCUGUGAUAAAAGGUUCGCCCGCUCCGACGAGCUCUCCCGUCACCGGCGAACACACACCGGGGAAAAGAAAUUUGUGUGUCCUGUGUGUGACCGACGAUUCAUGCGCAGCGAUCACCUCACAAAACACGCCCGCCGCCACAUGACCACGAAGAAAAUUCCCUCCUGGCAGGCGGAUGUUCGGAGCCUGAACAAAAUGGCUGCUGGCAAAACACCUUCUUCCAAACCAGGCCUCACAACACUAAGCAUGCUGGUGCCUGCAGGCUCACAGUAGACAAUGAACACUGCCAUCUUUAAUACUCCUGAGAUAACACAGGGACACCAGGAGCAGCCAAGCACUUGGUUGCUGCUAUUUUACUCAUGGGAAUAAAACAAAAACAUGCACUGGACUCUUUGUUUUCCUCUCUACUGCUUAUUUGUACUUGUAUUUCUCUCUAAAAAACUCUUUUGUUUACUUUGAUAUUACUGUUUUUAUGUAUGCACACUUUUGCCAAAGCCUUUCUAUGAAGUUGGUCUUACACAUUUCACCUUCUGCACCUCUCCUACAUCACUUUUAUCGACAGAUAUGUAUGUCUAUGUGAAUGUAUCCUUGCUUGGACUAUGAAAUGCAUUUAUUUGUCAUAUUUGGGGAAAAGUUAACAUGAAAAACAAUGUAAAUAUGAAUAUUAAUCACCAGUACUUUGAUCAUACCAUGAUUGUAUUUCCCUGUCUAACUUUUCAUAUUAUUUAAUACGUAUUUGUAAUAAACAAAAGAUUGAAAAUCAA